AUGAGCUUUUCCACAAAGUCUUUUAAAGAUGAUGACACAGAAGACGAUUUGCCUCUAAAUCAACUAACUGUAAGAUUAAGGUGUGCGCAAGAUGACAGCGACUGUAAGAAUAAGAUAACCUUAUUUGAUUUAAUGAAACAAAUAAAAUUAUGUGAAGAUGUUACAGAACAAGAUGUUAAUCAAUGGAUUUCCUCUGAUGACCAUGGCCAAGAGCUUUCCAUAGAAGAAAUAGCUGCAUUUAAACAAACUCAAGAAGAAGACCUACUUGAAAACAAAGAUGAAGAGCAAGAAAUCAGGACGGUUUUUCUGCGUUAG